AGUCCUGCCGGGUGCACCUGCUUUGGCCGCCGCCGCACGUGCUUAGCAACCGACGACCCUCGCUCACUCUCGCCCACUCUCGCAAUCAGUGUGUUGUUUUCUCGUGAAGUGACUCUCUUUUUCUGGAUUACCUCGCGAAAGUUCAGCGAGGAGAGACGAGACAUUUUUGCGCCACUUCGCACGUCCACCGAGCCAGUGGUGCCAGUGUCUCCAACAGCCCCCGCCGAGAGAAUUAUUCGCAUUUCUUUAGGCAAAAUGCUUCUCCAAUUUCAACUGGAAACGGAUUGCCCACGGAAUACGCCGUCGGCGUGAUGGAAUGCAUCAUCAUAGCCUAAUAUCAGAUACAUUUGAAGAGGAUCUAAAUCACAGCCAGUGAACACCGCACGCCGUUUGACCUUUUCGGCCGGAGCGCACGCAUGACUGCACGAUUGUCCGUCGCCGCUGCUGUUCCUGCCACCCCAUCGAAGGAGCAAUUUAUGCAGUAGACAUCAGCGCCGAACCAAAAAUUGGAUCGCUGCGCCCAGCGAGUGGAGAACAAUGAAAGCGCCCUUCUGUUUUCGUCAGAUCUAAUUUAAAAGUGAAAUCAUUGUGCGAUUCGGGAAAAAUGUAUUUCAAAAGAGUGGCAUGAAAAGCAAAAUGCUGCUGCACCAUCACUGGCUCACCUUCCUGCUCAUGCAAUGGUGUUUUCACAUCAGCGUCGCCUGUCCGUCCGCGUGCGUGUGCAAAUGGAAGGGGGGCAAACAAACUGUCGAGUGCGUCAACAAAGGACUGAUCGCAAUUCCCGAGGGCAUGGACGCGGGCACGCAGGUGCUCGAUUUCGCCGGAAACAAUUUGCAGAUUUUGCCACGCGAACGGUUCGAGCGCCUCAAUCUUGUCAACCUGCAGCGCAUUUACCUGUCCAGAUGCAAACUGUUUCAAAUCGACGACACGUCGUUUAAAGGGUUGACCAAUUUAGUCGAACUUGAUCUGAGCGAAAAUCUGCUCACUCGCAUCCCGACCGAGACCUUCAGCGACUUUCGGCUUUUAAUGAGGCUCACCGUGAAUGAAAACCCAAUUAAAACGCUGCGCACGCGAUCUUUUCAGCCGCUCUCUUUUUUAACAACGCUGGAACUGAGCAAAUGCGAGAUAGAGGCAAUCGAGAAUGACGCGUUUUACGGCCUGGAACGGCUAGAGUGGCUGAAACUUGAUAAUAAUAAGUUGUCAACCAUUCGCGGAUCGUAUCUGUUACCAGCCUCAUUACGCGGAGUCGCUCUUGAUAAUAAUCCGUGGCAUUGCGAUUGCAAGUUGACAGAGCUGCACGCGUGGCUAUUGAAUUACAAAAACAUUCCGCAGUCUAUCGAACCAAAGUGCAACUCGCCGCAGAGGCUGCAGGACGCGGUAAUUAAAUCUCUGGAUGUGGAAGAUUUCGCGUGCUUACCAGAUGUGUCACCGACAACCAUGUAUCUCGAAAUCGGAGAGGGCAAAAAUGUUUCCCUUCUCUGCCAAGUUUCCGCCAUUCCCGAGGCUCGAGUUUCCUGGUGGUUUCAGGGAAGGGUUUUACAAAAUGAUACCAUGGUCGCGCCCGGAGUUCACCUAUAUUAUUACAUAGAGGAAGGAGCAGUUGACAAGAAAAGCGAAUUAUUUAUUUUUAAUACUAACACCGACGACAACGGCACGUUCAUCUGCGUGGCGGAAAAUCCAGCCGGAAAAUCGCAAUCAAAUUUUACAAUUCGGAUUAUCGUGCGAGAAGACGUGGCCGUUCCUGUCGUUCUCCCUUAUGAGUACAUGGUCGCCGUUGUGUCUGCCAUCGCAGUUCUCGGCAUACUGGUGAUCAUUAUUUUCGUUUUGAUCGUGGUUCGGUGUCGCCGCCAGCGAAGCCGCAAACGCAAGAGAGAGCGCAGCAAGGCCGUCGCGCUACAGUCGCCCGAGCAAGGUGCGGACAAAUCCAACGAAAUUGAGGCGAACAUUGCGAUUACCCGAAUGCACAAGCUCAUCAGCACCGGGGCCGUUCCAGCGAAAUCGAACGGCGCCAUCAUUACGGAGCGGCACGUGCAGAUGAGGCACCACGAAGUGCUGAUCCGAAGCGGCGCGGCCGAGGUUCCUGGGCGCCUCGACCCUUACCAGCUCAGCCCCAAUCGAGCCUACCAAGAGCAAAAUCCAGACCUGAUCAACGACACUGAAAGUGUGGGCAAGGACAAAAGGGUGACCGCGGGCGGCAGGCGGAGGGAGGAGGGCGACGGCGAGGAGGUGGACCGAGACAACUGCGGCAACAGUUAUCAAGAGGCGAUGGACAACAUGAUAGAAGAAUUUCUGGAGGCGGCCGAGCCUAAGAAAAUGGGCAAACCCGGAGUCACGUGGCGAGAUGAAGCUGGUUUUCCUCUCAAAGUGCUGACGCCGAUGCGCGAGCACGCGCCGCCCAGCACUUUUUCCACCCUUCCUCGCAGGAUGAUCGCCAAACCGGAGCAGGCCUAUCAGUUGUCGGCCGACGUGCACCUUUCCCCGGGAAGGUUCCUCGACCAGGACGGAUACCCUGCGGACUACGGCCUGCCGAAAAUGUCCUCGCAGCCGCCCAUCGCGCUGUCCAUAGUUCCUCCUCCGCCCCCUGCUGCCUAUUAUCGAACCCUUCCGUACAAACGCGGCCACAAAAAAAGCUACCCCCGAGAAGCCGAGUAUUUGCCGGCGCCGGUGUACGAGGCGUACGCGGACACCCCCACGGACGUGCGAUACUCGGUCGAAGGCUAUCCGACUUCCGCUCCGCCCGUUUUCGCUCCGAACGAAACUUUCCCCGAUCCCAUCAACAAUUUCAUUCCCUCCCCACCUGCCGCGUACAAAUCCGACAUCACCGAAAGCAGCGCAGACGGCAUCAAAGCUGAAUCGCCGGCCGCCCCAAUUAGCCCGAACAAAGCCUGGACGGGCUAUUCGCAAUCGAGCUCGGCGAAGACUUCCGAGAGUCAGCAGAAUUUAAUUGAAAGCGCGAUAAACGCGAUGGUGACCGGGCAGCCCAACACGCAACACGAGAGCCCCGACGAAGGCUUCGGCGAGGACGGAACCGAAAUAUGACAUAAAAAAGCGGGGGCGCCUGUGGAAGCCUCCAAGAAGUAAAUUUAAAAAAAAAAAUGGACUGCCUAUUUUCAAUUAGUGAAUGAAAAUGAAUUGCGAUGCUCACGAUAAAUUCGGCUCCUUGAGAACUGUUCUCGUCUUUAGUGCGAAAUUUAUGUAAAUAUAGAAUGGCCCUUUUAAAGUGUGCGAAAUUAUGCGAACAAUUUGUACAUUCAUACAACUUGACGUUUUAUAUUUAUGGCAAACCAGUUACCAGUGUGACGAGAGUGAAUGAGACGUGAUUCUUGGUGGUUAUUUUUACUGUACAGCAUAUCUCUAUUUUUAACGAAGUGAUGGGUCGACUUGCACGGGGGCAGAUAUUUUUGAAUAUCAGAGAAAUGUGUAAAGCGUUAUUUAAAAAGAGGCUGAGAAUGAAUUUAAUGACGUGUUACAAAUGGUUAAAAAGCUACUUUAAAUAAAUCAAUCUAAAUAAAAGUAAAAUCAAAUAAUUCCUUUCCCCGGUGUAAAAAAAGCAAAGAUACUGAUUGUCAACCCCCAAAUGUAUAACUAAAGCAUUAAAAAAAAAUUGAUCAUAAUAAACAUAAUAUUCAAGGAUGGUGUUUAUUAUCACUGAGAUGUCAAACUUCAAUUGCCGGAGUCUCCUGCUGUAUAGUUGCAACAAUGUAAAAUAUACCUGAAUACAUUUAUGACUUUGUAGCCCUGUCCUUUACGGAUAAAAAGAAGGAGAGAUUCCAUUCUCAUUUGCUGUGUUUACUUGUACACUUUUCGGAACGCGAAAAGCAAAAAACUUGAAUCGGUUUUGGUAUUUCCUGGCGGAAGUUAAUAAUUCACCAUUGCGCGAAAAGAUCAUUUGAAAGCAUUUGACUGUAAGCAACAUUGAAAUUUCAAAAUAGUGUUGGUAUAUUUGGUAAAAAAAAGAUUAAUAAAAAUGGA